AUGACCUGGUGGCAGACCGGAAUGAGCAAUACUCGACCCUCGAGUACUGAGGAUGCGUCCGCAACGUUCGAUUGGUUUCGGAAUUAUUCCCAGAUCCGGGAUCUCCUGCAAGAGCUGAUUCCCAACAAGCAGUCAAGGAUUCUUAUGCUAGGCUGUGGAAACUCGACGCUCUCUGAGAAGAUGUUUUCAGAUGGGUUCCUUAAUAUAGUGAAUACUGAUUAUUCCUCGGUCGUAAUCAAUCAGAUGGCUCAACGACAUUCUGAAAAGUCUAUGCAAUGGAUCGAAAUGGACAUCCGCGCUCUUCAGUUUGAGGACGAGACAUUCGAUGUCGUGAUCGACAAAGGAACAAUGGAUGCGAUGCUCGCUGUGAAAGGCAGCGUAUGGGACCCACCCCAACGCGCCAUAGAUGAUUGUAACAAAGAGGUUGACGAGGCUACAAGGUGA